UUUCCUCACCCUCUACCUUUGCCCCUGCCAUCACACAGUGCUCCUGUUUGAAGGAGUCAGACCACUUCUACCACCAUGUUCAGCAUCAGGGUUUUCCUACAAAAGAUCUUUAUCUUCCUGCAAGUUACUGCAUGUGUUGUUAUUGGCAAAACUCUGAUGAUACUGUUCCCUAAUGCCAUGAAAAGAUACAUCCUAAAACAGGGUGAAAAGAGCAGAAUGAAUCAGAAUCCGAAGUUCAGCUAUGACAACUGGGGUCCAACUUUUUUCAGCUUCAAGUAUUUGCUCUUUGUGCUGAAGGUGAAGUGGAAGAGGCUGGAGGAUGAAGCCCACGAGGGAUGUCCUGCUCCCAACACACCAGUGGUGACUCACAAUGGGGAAGUUCGUCACCUCUUUGAUUUCAUGCAAGAUAACAGACCUUUAAUCCUGAAUUUUGGAAGCUGCACCUGACCUUCGUUUAUGUUAAAAUUUGAUGAGUUCAACAAGCUCAUCAAAGACUUUGGCUCAAUAGCAGAUUUCCUUGUCAUCUACAUUGAAGAAGCUCAUGCAGUAGAUGGAUGGGCUUUUAAAAACAAUAUUGUUAUUAAAAAUCACAGAAGCCUUGAAGAUCGAAAAACUGCUGCACAAUUUCUUCAGAAAAAUAAUCCUUUAUGCCCAGUGGUUUUAGACACUAUGGAAAACCUAAGCAGUUCAAAAUAUGCUGCACUGCCAGAACGACUGUACCUGCUUCAAAGAGGGAAGGUCAUCUACAAGGGUGGAGUGGGGCCUUGGAAUUACCACCCCCAGGAAAUACGUGCCAUCCUGGAAAAACUGAAAUAGAAGAGAAGAGGACUUCAGAGUAAAGAUUAUUGGAAUAAAAAAGCUCAAUGAAUAAGUUUUCACAAACAUAUGUGUAAGAAGGAAAAAAAAAAAAAGGGAAUUUAAAAAUAACAAGAGAGACAAGAAAGAUGAUGUAUGUGCCUCUAAAGAGCAUCUGUAAUGUUCAUUACGUGCGCAUGUAGAGGUUUUCCAGGCUCAUCACUAUAACCGCAACUACUGCACUGUAGUCUCUUCGUAUGCUUAUACCACAUGCAGUCAUGAACAGUGGCGGAGUCCCUUGAGCUGUUUGGACUAGAUAUCAACAUUUACAUCUGUAAGCAAUAUCGUGCAGUAAAAACUUGAGGGGUGGUAACAUUUGCAGAAGUCAACUGGCAUGCAAAACAACUGAUUUCACAUUAUUGAGAUUCUCUUGUAUACCUACCAUUUUCCUAAAGUGUACCCUUUCACUGUCUUCAAAAGGCUUCCAAGUAAGACAAUCACUAUCAACAUUUGUUUCUAUUAAUAUUUGUUUAUGACAGUCAUGGCAUAAAGCACAGGCGGCUAUGACCCGAUUGUAGAAAAUAUUUACAGAAACAAGGGAUUGAUGGCAUUUAUUAAAAAAUCUAUCAGAGCACUUCAUAUGGCUUCCGAUUAUGUCCUUCUCUGCUCCCCCCAGUAAUUUCUAGGCAUCAGUAGACUUUUAUAUUCAUCCUAUUAAUCUUGAACAGUCUGAGCUGAUGAGAAAGUACCAAUUUAAGAACUUCUGAAAGACUUGUUUGACAGUAGGAAGUUAUACCUCUUCUAUUCUAUGAUUCUAUAUUCUCCUUUUUCAAGUAUUUCACAACUUUUUCCAAUUUAACUCAAAGUGCAAGGGAAAUAUUUUACAGGAAAUUGAGUUUUGAUUCGUAUAUAAAUAAAGCCUGACAUAAACAUA